AUGUCGGGGCUUCUGUUAGCAUUGAAGGAUGUGAUUGGAGAUGUGGAAGAUGAUGAUGAGGUCGAUGACGAUCAAAUUCCCGGCGCUACAGAAUAUCUCUCGCAGCCGCAACCCGACACGUCGAACGCCUCCAUUACUCUAGUUCAUAUACCCCCUGCCAAAAUCAAAUCGACAUCCCCGGACCAAUCACCCAUUUCUGCAGAACAGAGCAUUGGCCACACUUCUUUCCGUGCAACACCCGACCUUCUUUCCCCCGUUGGUUCAGAAGUCUCCAACCUUCCAUCCGUGCCAUUUCCACUCCGUAUCCCAUCUCGGGCUUUCCGUCGUGACGACUCUAUCGACUCUGGAUAUGCCGACAGUUGGCAUAGCCCACGCCCCCUUGUGCGCUCCCCUCCGCGAAGCCCUGCGCUGUCUUCCACAUUUGAUAUCCUUGUCUCUCCAUUUGGUACCCCAUCGGCACGAGUUAGAGGGGGCACGCCUGCUCCAGUAUCUCCGCUUACGCUCAGCUUUGAUGAAAGUGCAUCUGCCCCUCCCUCACCAAAUUCUGAUGACGUCGACUCGAACGUUGGGUCUCCCCCGAGGAUCAUGGAUGACGAUGAAGAAGAUGGGGAUUUCAUGCACGACGACUCGUUAACAAGUCGACCGAUUGCAAUCCAGUUAGGAGGACCAGAUAGCUUAUCGCCUCCACCUACUCUCGUGGAUGUUGAUGGUGACUUCAUCUCGCAAGAGAUAGACGAGCACGGUUCACCUGAGCUUGAUCCAUUGUCAGCUGCAGAGCGGUCUUGGGACCUUUCUGAGAAUAAUGCGACGGCCAUUUUCAGCCCAAUAACUUCUCCCAUAAAUGAAGGAGCUCUGAAUAUUCGGCAGUCACUCAACGUCCAGAACCCCACCGAGUGGCUAACUGCAGGCUCGACGAGUUUUAAUCAAGACGACAUCGCUCUUAACUCAUCCCCUUUGCUGAUUCCUGUUCACGACGCCAUACCCGAGCACCGAGAGACAUCCCCUCUUACUCCGGAUUUCAUACCGCCUCACUCUGCCGUUUCUUCUGAGUCAUCCUCAGCAUCUGAGUGUGUCACUGCCGACUUCCUCGACGAUGAAGACCAGACAGGGACCUCAUCGAUCUUCAGUCCUACUGCACGUCUAGCGUAUAUGUCAUCGCCCGAGCCUGCUAUAAACUUGGCUAGUGGUAGCAUGGAUGACACCCUUUACUCGUUGUAUGAUGUUUAUACUGCAGACUCACCCAAGGCGUCCCCAACGCCUAGCCUCCCUUCGCCCUUCUCUGACUCGGAAGGUUCCAUAUUUAACAGCUACACUGAUAUGGAACCUGUUGCGCCUGUUGGAUCACCUGCGUCCACAAUCUCGCGGAAGUCCCGUAGCACCGAUAAGACUCCAACGAAGGCGACAUUCGGUCCACAGAGAGGACGCGUCUUCACGCCGCCUAUUCCCCCCUCGCCCAUUACUCGAGGCCGAUCGGGGACAGUCGUACUCUCCCCAAGCAUCGCGCAAACUGAAACACCGCCAGUGCCUUCUCCACCCUCACCUACAGAAUCCCUAGGAGAACCCAUAUUCGCUUCUCCUCCUUCGCCGUUCCAUCCCUUCGUCAGGCAGUCGAUAGCUAGUGUAAUAGCUCCUGAUUACGUCGCUUCCAGGCGUGCCUCUCUCCGGUCAACUGGGUCUCAGCAUCAGUCUCCUCAAGAGUCAAUCAGAGGGACAGCUUCUCCUCUUAUGGAGCGAGAUUCCUUCUUUUCGUCUCCAGUCCAGGUCGAGGAGCGGUUCCACGAACCUUUUACUAGUCGACGCAGCUCUAGGGGAUCAAUAGAACACCUUGAUGCCGCGGAAGAUGCAACAGUGUCUUGGGCAGCUGACCAACAUCCCGCUGAAGCAAGUACUGACGUCUUCGCUCAAGGCCAAGCGAACGCGUCGACUUCUCGAAAGAAUUCAGUCAGCUCAGGUUAUUCCGAAGGCAGCCACCCCUCUUCUCUACGCCGCGAGUCGUUGUCGCGAACAAACGCGGCCGAAUCGUCGACCGCUGGCCGGAACCGCCGUUCUUUUUUAAAACCGCUUAGAUUAUCUACCAUAUCCAAUCUAUCAUCGUCAAUAUCUCGUUCGUCGUAUAUAGCAUCUGCUUCCUCUGUCACGCCGUCGUCUCCCUCCAUGCAUACGCUCUCUUCUGCUCCCCCCAUUUAUCGCGCAUCUAACCGUUCAUCUGUCGUUUCUGCUUCUGCAUCCGCAUCUGUAUCAUCGUUUCCCCGGAAUUCAUUGAUCUCAACCAAGCGCAUAUCAUAUAUACCCUCCAGUACCGUCAAUACCAUCAGUGCUCAGCAACAUGACGACUAUAACGACACAACAUCUCCCAUGGAACGCAAUGACAUCCGUCGCUCAUCGACUUACGACCUAAAUUACCGUCGACAAUCUAUUCUCAGUUCUCAUUCUCGCACUAAUGGCAAGACGUGGUCCACGCAAUCAAAAGACCUCGCCUCUCACAUUCGCUCAAGUUCCAUUUUCUCUGAACCGACGGGUCUGUACGACCUAGACGAAGACCCCACCAUCACCGAAGAUGGCUUCCUUGAAUAUCAAGACAGUCAGGACGAGCAGAUAUGCAGACCCCUCCAAACGCCUAAUACAGCCCCGCCGACUCGUCCACCCUCUACUAUGGAUUCACCGCAUGCCAUUGGAACACCAUCUCCCAAUCUUAUCUUUGCCAUUGCGAGUGAUGACGUUGACCAAGUCCGUCAAGCGCUCACCCACGGAGACACCAAUCCAAACGAACGCUUAGGCCCACAAUCGGCCCUUGCAUUCACGGUGACAAAUGAUGCUCUAGAGAAUAAGUUGUCGAUUGUGAAGACCCUCCUCGCCCAUGGCGCCGACCCAAGGGGGCUGGAACAAGAGGUCCAGAAGACCGGCAGUAGACGGGGUUCAAGGGAUGAGACUUACGAAUCAAGCGCAUCAACAACUGCUUCUGCCGACACCAGUGGUUUGGAGCAACUAGACCCCGCUACGAGAUAUUACAUCAAGAGGGCUGGCGCUGCACACACCCGACAGACAUCUGCGCUGAUUUAUCGCUCGUUCUUCCGUCCGCUGACAAAAGUUCGAUACGAAAUGGUUGGCCAAGACAGAGCGCUCGAACAGUUGUUUAAGGUACUGAGUAUACACUCAAAGCAACUGUCUGUAGCCCCCAUUGUAGUUCUGUUGUGUGGACCCAGUGGACACGGGAAGUCACUUUUGGCGCGUAGGUUUGGUUCGUUGCUUGACGUCCCGACACACACGGUGAACAUGACCACUGUGCGAUCAACACUUGAUCUGUGGCGAUCCUAUUCAUUGAGUCCGUAUGAGGAACCUUCCGACUCCACUCUUGCCGAAUUCCUGGUGGAAAACGAGGGGAAACGGUGUGUUGUUGUCCUCGAUGAGAUCGAAAAGACGGAGGAUCCCAAAACAUUACAUUCGUUACUUAUGCCUUGGGAACUAGGACGUUGUUCCUUUGAAGCUGGGAGUCGGCAUGUUGAUGUCCGGAAUGUUAUUUGGCUUGGGACUUCAAACGUCGGACAAGAGCUUGUCUUCGACCAUCAUGCCGCACGUGCGGAACCGGAGACGUUGAUGUCUCGUGAGGAGUAUGUACAGCUAAUGGCUUUACUGCGUCCUCGCGUAUCAGAGCAGCUCGGGGUAUGA